GUCAUUGGUUACCUCAUUCUCAAUCUUUGAUAGCUUACCAAAAAUCAACCUCAACAAACUCGAAAAACUACUUACCAUGUACCACCAAGAACCCCCUAAAACCACAGACACCUCCAUGACUGAACCACCACCAAAACUAACUCAUUCUUCCUUUCCAAUUUCCCCACACUUUUCACUUUCCACAGCCCACCGUCGCGUCGCCAUUGCCGUCGACCUCAGCGACGAAAGCGCUUUCGCCGUUAAAUGGGCCGUACAAAACUACCUCCGUCCAGGAGACGCCGUUAUCCUCCUGCACGUCCGUCCAACUUCCAUCUUCUACGGUGCAGACUGGGGCUGCACCUCCACAACUCACAACAUCGAACAAGAUUACGAGAACUUAACCAACAGUAAAGCUGCUUCACUGGCCUUACCCUUAGUAGAAGCGAACGUGCCUUUCAAAAUACAUAUAGUGAAGGAUCGUGAUAUGAAGGAGAGAUUGUGUUUGGAAGUGGAGAGGUUGGGAUUAAGUGCUAUGAUUAUGGGGAGUAGAGGACUUGGUGUUAAUGGUAAGGGAAUUGUUAAAGGGAAACUUGGGAGUGUUAGUGAUUAUUGUGUGCAUCAUUGUAUAUGUCCUGUUGUGGUAGUUAGGUACCCACAAGAAGAUGAGAAGGAGGAGGUGGUUGAGGCUGACCUGCCACCAGUACCAGAGGAGGAUCAGGAAUAUCAUGAUGCUGAUGAUGAUGACCUAAUUAGAGGCGAAUGAUCUAUGCUGUAAAGUAGAUAGAUAAAUCGGUCGAGUGGUCUCAGUUGGAGAUGGGAUUGAACUAGAUUCAAGCUGGGAAAAUGGUGGAAUUUGUAGCGGUGGUACAAAAGGAAUAGCCUAUCUUGAAUUCUGAUACGCUGUAUUUAUAUAUCAACUGCUUAAUUACGAAUAAAAGAUACCUUUUCCAAAAUGAACAUCUCCUUGAAGUUUAGUCACUUUUUAACUCCCAAAAGAUUCUGGAUAGCAAAUGGGCCAGUUCAUCCCCGCAAAUUUUUGAGGAAGGUAAUUAUAUUACUUAAGGACAAGGUUUUCCUCUGUUCAAGCAUAGUCCAGUGGCUAUUCAAUAAAAUAUUCCACUGGCAAUUCAAUAAACAGAUCAGAGUGUUCUCAAAUUGGAGGGUUAAUAAAAUCAACAGAUCAGAGUGUCCUCAAAUUGUAGGGUUAAUAA